UUUCUCUAAAAACAACAACAUUUCACCUUCUCUUUCUUUUAGUCAAAAUGCUUGAGCACGUUUGAGUGACCAUGGUGUGCGUUUGCCGUCAGGUAGUUGAGAGUUAAUACGGCGAGAAUAUUGGGCGAAGGAAACUUUUGAAGGAAUCCAAGGAGCUACAGUUGAAAACAUGGCUGUUCGCGAAGAAGGAGAGGUUUUGCACAGUAAAAUCAGGCACCACGAUGGGGUUGCCAAUGCAAACAGCACAGAGCGCUUCAGGAACGGCUAUGUGAAGAGCUGCGUCACCCCUUUAAAACAAGACCAUCAAAGGGGAUUUUUGUUUAACGUCUGUAGGUUUUGCAAUGAGGACAUUCUGAAUUCAAAAAUAUUUCGAUUUUUUGGCCUAUACCUGGGUGCAUUCAUAAUUUUUGCAGUUUCGUUGCUUAUUUCCAGGAGCUUGCAAAGUGACUUCAGCUUUUGGGAUUUGCGGACUUUUCUGUCGGGCUUCUCUCAGUCCAUCAGCCCUCUCUUUAGCAUAGGCUGUGCAUUUUUCUUUUUGACAUUUUAUUUAAGGAGGAAAAAGAGGGAAAGUAAUAAAUGUUGGCUUGUGUCACUGCCAGCAUCAUGUUACUUAGGGGAUUUUUUAGUUUUGCGGUUUUUGCAGUGGGGAGAGGACCAACACCAGAUGCAAAUGAUUGGCAGGUUGUUAUUCGUGUUGGGGUGUGUGGGUCUCCUAACACUGAUCCCCACUUUGAAACUCAAACACAGUGUUCUGAUCCUGGUGUUUGCCAGUGUUGUGUGGUUGGUGUCUUUCACCAGUCUGAGCUGCUUGCCUGCACUCCUGAGACCCGUGUUUGCGUGUUUGGCGGGUGUCUCAGGCUCGCUCUUGUCCCUCUGUUUUGACCAUUAUUACCCGUCGAGGGAAACGCCGAAUAGGAUCUCCAGCAGCGAGGAGAAAGUCCCUGUGAUCAGACCCAGGAGAAGGUCCAGUUGUGUUUCUUUGGGGGAAACGUCGACCAGCUAUUAUGGCAGCUGUAAAAUGCCUCGCAGACCUUCGUUACCGUGCAUAUCCAGAGAACAGAUGAUCCUAUGGGACUGGGACCUGAAGCAGUGGUACAAGCCCCAGUAUCAGGGAGCGGUAAGCGGUAACGGAGUGGACCUGUCGGUCAUCAACGAGGCCAGGAACAUGGUGUCUGACCUGCUGAUGGACUCGUCCCUGUCGCCACACACCGUCUCGUCCCUGCGCAGCGUCAGCAGCCUCAUGGGGACCUUCUCUGGCUCCUGUCGGCCCAGGGUUAACCCCUUCACCCCCUUCCCAGGUUUCUACCCCUGUACCGAGGUGGAGGACCCUGCAGAGAGGGGCGACAGGAAGCCCCUGAAGGGUCUUAGCAGCAGGAACAGCCUACCAACCCCCCAACUCCGCCGCGGCUCCACCUCCUCCCCUCUCCCCCCUCUGGAGUCGGCCUCCUCCCGCUGGGAACGCAACAACGGCAAGAGACCGGGACCCCACCUUGACCUCAAUAUGACCAGCACGGGGUCUCUGUCCAAUGGGCCCAAUGCUAACCUGUUGACCAUCCCUAAGCAGAGGUCCUCCUCUGUGACCCUGACCUACCAUGCCGGGCCCAGGAGAGCAGGUGCGUCCCCCAGUCUGAGUCCUGUCAGCUCCCCGAGCCACAGUCCUCAAGGGGGAGGUCUCUCCUCCCAGGUCACGCGCCCCCCGGUGGAGUUCCCCGACACAGCUGACUUCCUCACCAAGCCCAGUGUCAACCUGCACAAGCCCCUGGGCUACAUCCUCAGCUCCCCUGACUUCCAGGGGCCUUACCGCAACCCCGCGGCCAUGUGCACCAGCUGUGGUCGUCAGAUGCUGAAGAACAUGCCCAGUAUGGAGGCGGGGGAGGGACACCUGCCAUUCACUGGUCAUGCUGAGGCCCAGCGCAGACGCUCAGCAGGUGAGGGGUCAGAGUUCAUGGGAGAGGCACUGAUCAGGGAGGAGAGUGUGGAGGCCGAGUCGACGGGGGACAGGAGUCCAGACGCAGGGAGCCGGUGCCAGACAGACAAGGAGGAGCAGAGCCCCACCACAGAGCAGCAGACUCAGGAAACAGAGGGUGAGUUCAGACUAGACCCCCUGCUGGAGAACCACGAUGACCUCAUGGAGAAGAUCAACAGCUGGAACUUCCAGAUCUUUGACCUGAUGGACAGAACAGGAGGGAAGACAGGAAGAAUACUCAGCUACGUGACCUACACUCUGUUCCAGGACACUUGUCUGUUUGAGAUGUUUAAGAUCCCUGUGAGGGAGUUCAUGUCCUAUUUCUGUGCUCUGGAGAACGGCUACAGGGAUAUUCCCUAUCAUAACCGGGUCCAUGCCACUGACGUGCUCCAUGCUGUCUGGUACCUGACUACCCGGCCUGUCCCAGGAUUCCAGCAGAUCCACAACGAGCAUGUGACAGGAAGUGACACAGAUUCAGACAGUGGGAUCUCGCCGGGCCGGGUAUCAUACGCCUCCUCCAAGAGCUCGUCCAUCUCUGACGACAACUACGGCUGCCUGGCGUGGAACAUCCCUGCUCUGGAACUCAUGGCACUAUAUGUAGCAGCUGCCAUGCAUGACUAUGACCACCCCGGUCGCACAAACGCCUUCCUCGUAGCCACUAACGCAGCUCAGGCGGUGUUGUAUAAUGACCGUUCGGUCCUGGAGAACCACCACGCUGCUUCGGCCUGGAGCCUCUACCUGUCCCAGCCAGAGUUCAACUUCCUGGCCAACCUGGACCACGUGGAGUUCAAACGUUUUCGCUUCCUGGUCAUCGAGGCCAUCCUCGCCACAGACCUGAAGAAGCACUUUGACUUCCUCGCCGAGUUCAAUUCAAAGGUGAAUGAUGUGAACAGUCCAGGAAUCGACUGGACAAAUGAGAAUGACCGGCUGCUGGUGUGCCAAGUCUGCAUUAAGCUGGCAGACAUCAACGGGCCGGCCAAAGGGCGUGAUCUGCACCUCAAGUGGACAGAAGGCAUUGUCAAUGAGUUUUAUGAGCAGGGGGAUGAGGAAGCCACUUUGGGAUUACCCAUCAGCCCCUUCAUGGACCGCUCCUCUCCCCAGCUGGCCAAGCUGCAGGAGUCCUUCAUCACACACAUCGUGGGACCGCUCUGCAACUCGUACGACGCCGCUGGCCUGCUCCCUGGCUACUGGAUCGACGAGGAGCACUCUGAGGAUGAGGAAGAGCAGGUGGAGGACACAGAGACUGAUGAAGACGAGCUGGAGGAGGAGCUCGAACCAAAAAGGAGAAACGGCCGGCGUCGGCUGUUCUGCAACAUCAUGCAGCACCUGACAGAGAACCACAAGGUGUGGAAGAAGACCAUCGAGGAGGAGGAGAAGAGCAAGGAGAAGCAGCAGGCCGACAGCCUGCCUCCCAGCCUGUCCCCUUCGCCCUCCGACGACCAGAUCCAGGUCAUUCAGGAGGAGGAGGAAGGAGAGGAGCGCCAGUAGCAGGAGGAAGAUGAAGAAAAGGAGGGACAGAGCCAGGAUGCUCGGGAAGGACGGAACAGUGAAGGAGAAAGUCCUUCAACUCCUCCCUCUUACAUGCUCACACACACACACACACACACACACACACACACACACACACAAAAACAUUUAUACACAACACAUACGUACACACACAUACUAUAAACAUAUACACAAACACAUACACGCACAGGAUGACCAUGCUGGAUCUCCACACGUUGAAAUUGUCACUGUGCCGACACGCUAAUGCAGUCAUGUUGUUUUGAAAAAAGGCCUUACUACUGUGAGGGGAUUCUUGCUGCAAUGGUGGCAACCCCACUCCUAUGCACUUUCACCCCAUGGAGAGUAGACCAAGAACAAACACCAGAGCUGAGGACACUGGUGUGGAGAGGGAGAGAGGAAAAGGGUCUGGAUGUGCCCUCCAUGGUGAUCUGGCUGUAAUGCUGCCUUGAACGCAGAGCACUUAACUCUCCCUUAGGUACUAAAACAAAUCCUAUGAUUUAAAAUAAAGGAAAAGAAAAAACACCUUGACGUGGUUGACAUCCGUUACCAAAGCGAACAGUUCAAACAUGGAAAGACAAGAGACUGAGACUGUUUCAGGCUCACUGUCAGGAAUAUUCUAGAUCUAUAUAUCAAAUGUGCCUGUCUGAACCUUUACUGAGUCCCCUGGUCCAGACCCUAGGUUGGUCUGUGCAGUCCUCUCCCCUUGCUGGCGACACGAAACACUGUAUCACUGACUCAGUCACAGAGACAUUGUGGAAAUGUUGACUGAAAAUGAGCAUUAUACCUGCAUCGUUUUUGAUGCCUUUUAUUCA